UAGAGAUCAUAAAAUACCCAAACUCAUAAAUGAAUGUUGAAUUUGAUGUUGAUGAGCAAGACAACAUUCUCUUGGCCGAUAUCAUUGAUUGCGAAACUUGGCCCGCUGGUGAUUCGCGUUUGAUGGUUGACAAAGAAGACUGCCGCUCUACAUGCUGCUCAAAUUUUGGGUCUUUCGAACUAUAUGAUUUGGUCGAAAUUGUGUGUGAAACAAUUGAACAAUUUUGUCAACUUAAAGAAGGCUGAUAUGGAGUUACGUGGUGUACGUAAAGCUUCAGUGUUAAGUUUAUAAUUUUGUAUGAAUAAGUUGGCAUUUUAUUUUGGAAAAUUUUUAAUAAUAAGAAAACUUUUUUAAA